GAGAAAUAAUAUUUAAUUUUGAUCUCAUAAGAAGAAGAAGUAAUGAACAUUCUACUACAAUGGCAUCAUCGUCAUCAUCAUCAUCAUCAUCAUCAAUGAGCACCUUGAAGCUAAAGGCGGUGUCAGAACCAAACCCUAACGAAACCGCAAAGAAAUCUGAGACUAUUGAUCUCGGAAAUGGAAGCGACGUCGUAUUCAUUCAGAGAUUAAUACCUUCAGAACAAUCAUGGAAAUGGUUCAAUUACCUCGAUAAACACAUCCCAUGGACCAGACCCACUAUUCGUGUCUUCGGUAAAUCUUUCCUUCAGCCUCGAGACACAUGUUAUGUGGCAACUUCGGGAUUGACUGAGUUGAGUUACAGCGGAUAUCAGCCGCAUGCAUAUUCAUGGGAUGAUUAUCCACCUCUUAAAGAUAUCUUGGAUGCUGUACAUAAAGCUCUACCUGGAAGUAGUUUUAACAGCUUACUCUUGAAUAGGUAUAAGGGUGGUGAUGACUAUGUUGGUUGGCAUGCUGAUGAUGAGAAGCUUUAUGGACCAACUCCUGAAAUUGCUUCUCUUUCUCUCGGAUGUGAUCGCGACUUCGUUUUGAAGAAGAAACCAUCUAAAAAACCCCACGGUAUGGUUCCUUCUGUAACUAGAGAUGGAAGUGACGAGCCUGCAAGCAAGCGAUUAAAGAAGAGUAGCAAUUCUGAUCAACAUACUUUUAGACUUAAGCAUGGUUCCCUUUUGGUGAUGAGAGGCUACACCCAACGAGAUUGGAUUCACUCUGUACCAAAGCGUGCAAAAGCGGAAGCAACACGCAUUAAUCUUACCUUUAGGCGAGUUUUUUGAUUUGUUUGGGACAAAGGCGGGUUUUUUGGAAGAUGUUCAUGCAUUGUUGUAAUCUGCAUCUUGCAUUCUAGGUGAAAUAUCUUGUUUCUGUGACAGGUUAAUAUGAAAAUUAAUUAUGAUGUUGUAGGACUUUCUAACAUGAAUUUGACUCUAGUCUAGAAAUGUCAUACCUCAUAAUGUCAUCCGUUUUCAUACCAAGUUUUAGUUUGUUA